UCUACCCCGUCGGUGACAAUGCUUAUUGUCUUGCCAUAUGGUUCACCAAACCAUCCUACGACGGCAAACAUACGGUUGUUUGGAUGGCAAACCGAAACCAACCAGUUAAUGGGAAUUUCUCAAAGCUUUCCCUGCUAAAAAAUGGUGAACUUAUCUUAACAGAUGCCGGGCGGUUCAUAGUUUGGACCACAAAGGCGGUUGGGGUUUCUCCGGUGCGAUUACAUCUCUUCAACACUGGUAACCUUGUGUUGCGUACCUCGGAUGGUGUUAUUCAAUGGCAAAGUUUCGAUUCACCAACAGAUACCCUUCUCCCUCACCAGCCACUCACCAGAAAUACGAGACUUGUCUCUUCAAGAACCAAAACCAACUUUUUCUCAGGGUUUUAUAAGCUCUAUUUUGACAACAAUAACGUCCUCAGUCUUGUGUUCGAUGGGCCAAACGUUUCAAGCGUUUACUGGCCCCCAUCGUGGCUUGUAAGCUGGCAGGCGGGCAGAUCGGCAUACAAUAGCAGCAGAAUUGCAUUACUAGAUUACUUUGGCUAUUUUUCUUCAUCCGACGGUUAUAAGCUUCAGUCCUCGGAUUUUGGUGAGAGAGUCCGGAGAAGAUUGACCCUGGAUAUUGAUGGCAACUUACGAUUAUACAGUUUUGAGGAAGAGAGAAAUAAGUGGGUUGUUACUGGGGAAGCCAUCACGGAACAAUGCAAAGUUCAUGGAAUAUGCGGACCCAACAGUGUUUGUACCUAUGUGCCCGGUUCUGGGAGUGGAAGGAGAUGCUCUUGCAUACCUGGAUAUGAGGUGAAAAAUUGCACUGACCGAACUUAUGGAUGCAUACAAAAAUUCAAUCUUUCUUGCAACUCACAGAAGGUUGGUUUCCUCCUACUCCCACACGUGGAGUUCUACGGCUAUGAUUAUGACUGUUACCCCAAUUACACCUUACAGAUGUGUGAAAAACUGUGCUCGGAAAAUUGCGGUUGCAUAGGAUUUCAAUACAAUGACAAUGAAGCCUUGAGGAAAAUCAGACAGAUAGGCAUGCUCAGCCUCACGCCAUCAACAAGGUUGAAGGACGGCAAGCUGUGUCAUGACGUGUCGUAUGACACAGCCCCUAGCCGCCUGCAGAUGUGA